AUGUCCAACUCAAAGUCAUUGCACCUCACAGCAUUCAUGCGCCCGGUAAGUCUCCAUACCGGUGCAUGGCGAUAUCCUGGUGCCGCCGCCGAAGCAAACUUCUCCCUUGAGUAUCUCAAAUCUUUCAUCAAGAAGCUUGAGGCAGCCAAGUUCGACGCAUUUUUUCUUGCCGACCACCUGGCCGUGUUGAAUAUGCCCAUCGACGCGUUGAAGCGAAGUCAUACUGUAACUUCAUUCGAGCCAUUCACAUUAUUAUCUGCACUUUCAGUGAUAACUGAAAAAAUUGGGUUAGCCGCCACUGCGACAACAACAUAUGAUGAGCCGUUCCACGUUGCUCGUCGAUUUGCAUCACUUGACCACAUCAGUAAUGGACGAGCAGCAUGGAAUAUAGUCACCACAGGGAAUCCUGAAUCAGCGAAGAACUUUGGGCUAGAUGAACAUUUGCAACAUGGAGAGCGUUACAAGCGUGCUCGUGAGUUCUAUGAUGUUGUGACCGGGCUAUGGGACAGCUUUGCAGAUGAUGCCUUUAUUCGAGAUCAAGCUAGUGGCGUUUUCUUCGAUCCUGAGAAACUGCACGUCCUCAAUCAUGAAGGGAACGAGCUCAAGGUUAAAGGUCCGCUUAAUAUAGCAAGACCUAUCCAGGGGUGGCCAGUGAUUGUUCAAGCUGGACAAUCAGAGCCGGGGAGACAGCUCGCCGCAGAGACCGCCGAAGUAGUGUUCUGCUCCCCCCGCGAUCUGGCUGCGGCUCAAUCGCUUUACGCAGACAUCAAGAGCCGCGCAAAGGCUGCAGGCCGCAAUCCUGAUCACAUAAAGAUCUUACCAGCGGCGUUGAUCAUUCUUGGCGACACAAUUGCGGAUGCUCGGGCCAAGCGCUUUAAGCUGGAUAGUCUUGUACACUAUGACAGUGCUAUCGCAUCACUUUCCGUUGCCUUGGGGUCUGAUGCAUCUGGAUUUGAUCCUGAUGCGCCUUUACCGAGUCAUUUACCAGAAACAAAUGCAAGCAAGACAGGGCGAGAGGGAGUUCUGAAACUCGCCGAAGAGGAAAACCUUACAGUCAAGCAGCUUGCACAACGCUAUGGAGGUUAUUCAGGUCUUGCUUUCGUUGGAACAGCUGCUACUAUAGCCGAUCAAAUGGGUGUAUGGCUUUCAAAUGAGGGCGCCGAUGGCUUCACAAUCACUUUUCCAUUCCUCCCUGAGGGCUUGGAUGAUGUUGUUCAACAGUUGAUUCCUGAACUGCAGCGUCGCGGUAUUUUCCGCACUGACUACGAGGGAACCACACUCCGCGAGCAUCUGGGACUUCCUAGACCCAAAAAUCGUUUUUUCACUUAG